AUGAAUGAUAGAGCUGUGAAUCAUAAGGUUUUCAAAGGGGAUAAUGUUUUGACUGUGUUAAAAAUAGAGUUAGAAUUGCAACCAAAGAAAAAAUUAAAGGAAGCCAACCAAAUAGCAAGAAGAAAACAGAAAGAGUAUGCUGUACCUCCCCAAGUGACAGCUUCCAUACUCAAUCAUUAUACAAAGAUGGUUUUCCCACCUUCCUGUCAUGAUGUAUUAGGUUUAAUAUCCAAUGAUUAUUUUGAUAACUUAUUUGCUACCCUGUCUUCAUAUUCUCGUAAACAAAGAAGAUUAACAAUCUGUCAGUCAGAUGUAGAGCUCUAUUUUAAAAAUGUUGGAUUCACCAAUGAACACACAUCACUCAACUCCUUAAUUCGAGAACACUUGUCGCUGGUGGAUCAACAAAAGCUAAUACCUGUUGCUCGAGCUGUCAUACCAAGCAAGAACUCUAAACGCAAAAGUAAAACAAGAGAUUCAACCAACAUUUCUGCUUCUACUUCUAAAUGAAAAUCCUGGAACAAGUUACUGGUGCAUAUUUCAAGUAAAAGUUUUUACCAAGCCAUCAGUUGCUUGUGAUAAUGUACAAAAUCUGUGUCAUUUAGUACACUCUGUUAGAAAUCACUAAUUGUGAUUUUUACUCAUUUCACCUUCUCCAUUCUUUUCCUUGGAAAUAUUGGGAUUAAAAAUAUUCAGCUUUAGAUACAAAUAUCAGAAAAGUAUGAUAUCACUACCAGUCCAGACUUUGUGAUCAGAUUUGUUUUGCAAUCUUUUUAUAUCCAAAUAGCUGUAUUAAGGUAUUUUUGACACAAAAUUCAUCUGACGAAGGAAUUGUCUGGUAAAAAUGGCAUAAUCUUUCAUAAAGCAAAUUUGUUGGCAAAGAUAUUUUAAAAAACUUCAUGAAGGAUAUUUCUGGAAAGUGAAAUCAUAUUCAGAAAAUGUUUGCUGUUUAGUAAUACAGAAUUUUUUUUUUUUGUGAAAAAAAUGCAAUCAUCUCUUCUCAGUGUUGUUUCUAUCUUUCUAGGAAAAGGAUACUAGGCUUCAUUCAAUUCAUUGCAAAGUUAAACUUAACCAAUGCCACUGUUUUCAUCAUAUAACACUGUUGUUAGCAAACUGCAGCUGUUUUAAUAUAAAGUUUGUUUGUCAUUUAUAAAAUAAUGAUAAAGACAAUACACUUUCUUUGGAAGUAUGUAUAAAUGAAAUGUUAUAAGAGAGCAAUGUAACUGGGAGGAGAUGGUGAUGUGGAAAGUGCAGUAGGAAUGAAUACCAUAAAGUUAAUUAAAAGUAAUUUUGUGGGGAAAAUUUUCAAUAAAUAAUGCACUACUUGGUUUGCCUAUGUAAUAUAUGAAACGUGUGUAAUAGUGUGUAUAGAUAUAUGGGAAUGUAAAUGUUUCACUUUGAUUAUAUAAUAAACAGGGCUCUAUCUCCUCAGGCGUCUUCUAGUAAGUGACAAUAUGGCCAAGUCAUCAUUAACCAUAGUUAUCUGAAACACAGUAGGAGUCAAAUGAUAACAGUAUCAGUUCUCCAGAUAAAGAGUUAUUUUUAUAUCUCAUGCUGUGCAUUGGGCAAGAUGAUGCACUUCUGUUCUGUUUACUUUGUGACAGCAAAACAGAUAACAAAUCAAGUGAUCAGGAAAUGGAGAACAGCAGAAGUAAAUGUUAACUCGUUAACAUAGGCCAAAUGAUUGGAUGAUCUUUGAGGAACUAUUAUAUAUGUAAACAAAUUUCAUUAUUCUCCCUUGUAAUGACUGUUAUGUAUGAAAAGUUACCAUUGUUAUAUCUUAUUUUCUUAUAUGUAUCUAUGAUGUGUUUAAUACGCCUUCUUUCUAGCAAAAUAUAAAAUAAAAUGUUUUAUUAUAGCACAUGCACUAUUUUUUAUUAAAAACAACUACUUUUUUGUAAUA